AUGGAGUUGGACGCUGAGCCGCGACCUGAAGAGUCACAGACUCAGGCCACAGACUCAGGCCACAGACUCAGGCCACAGACUCAGGCCACAGACUCAGGCCACAGACUCAGGCCACAGACUCAGGCCACAGACUCAGGUCACAGACUCAGGUCACAGACUCAGGCCACAGACUCAGGCCACAGACUCAGGCCACAGACUCAGGUCACAGACUCAGGCCACAGACUCAGGUCACAGACUCAGGCCACAGACUCAGGCUACAGACUCAGGUCACAGACUCAGGUCACAGACUCAGGUCACAGACUCAGGUCACAGACUCAGGCCACAGACUCAGGCCACAGACUCAGGCCACAGACUGGCUACAGACUCAGGCCACAGACUCAGGCCACAGACUCAGGUCACAGACUCAGGUCACAGACUCAGGUCACAGACUCAGGCCACAGACUCAGGCCACAGACUCAGGUCACAGACUCAGGCCACAUACUCAGGUCACAGACUCAGGCCACAGACUCAGGCCACAGACUCAGGCCACAGACUCAGGUCACAGACUCAGGCCACAGACUCAGGCCACAGACUCAGGCCACAGACUCAGGUCACAUACUCAGGUCACAGACUCAGGCCACAGACUCAGGCCACAGACUCAGGUCACAGACUCAGGCCACAGACUCAGGCCACAGACUCAGGUCACAGACUCAGGUCACAGACUCAGGUCACAGACUCAGGUCACAGACUCAGGUCACAGACUCAGGUCACAGACUCAGGCCACAGACUCAGGUCACAGACUCAGGCCACAGACUCAGGUCACAGACUAAGGUCACAGACUCAGGUCACAGACUCAGGCCACAGACUCAGGCCACAGACUCAGGCCACAGACUCAGGUCACAUACUCAGGUCACAGACUCAGGCCACAGACUCAGGCCACAGACUCAGGCCACAGACUCAGGCCACAGACUCAGGUCACAUACUCAGGUCACAGACUCAGGCCACAGACUAAGGUCACAGACUCAGGCCACAGACUCAGGCCACAGACUCAGGUCACAGACUCAGGCCACAGACUCGGGCCACAGACACUUAAGUGUAGUAGAGUAG